AGAACAUAUUUGUACACGCAUUUUGUAAACCUAGCACCCCUAUCUUUGCUAGUGGACGAACCAGCCCAAAGGUCUGCCGGGAUAGCACCCUUAGUGAGUAAACUUUCCGGAUAUAUUGUGUUUUGGAACCCAACACUCAAGUACCUCCCUCAAACUGGAUCAAAUGUCAUUUGCCGGGACCGAGAUGUCGCCGUGGACGGACUGACAGCCAAAAGACUUCGCUAUUAAACCGCGUUUUAAAACGUGACAGCAGUCCCCGUUUCCUAUUAAAACUUGAUGAUGUUCCGGCGGUUGUGGCGUGCCGAGGGGCCAUGACAACGGCUCGGCGUCGCGACUUUGCCGGACAAAUUUGUUUUGGUGGGACAGGAAAAACACCGUGACCGUAGUAUUGACAGAAGACUGCACAGUAUCUCCUGAGCUAUACAUGUUUUAUUGUACGUUUGGCUUUGUGAUGAAACAAUGUGAUGCAAUAUGACGACUGCCCACCCAGAAAGGAACUGGACACAACUGCAAGAGGGGCUGAACCGUGUGCAUAAGGAGCUGGGAGGGAAGCCGAAUGCCUCCUUGGACCCGGAGGACAGUAGGCCAGCCAGAGUCAUGUCAGCUGGCAAACACAAACACAUCUACCCUAGCAGGAGAACACCUCCACAGCUACCACAACUAAGAUUAAGUACUCCUCCGGAGUAUUACAGCGAUGAUGAUCUCAGGAGAGGGAGGCGGAAAGUCGUUCCACCGGUAAAACCGAAGAGGGACGCUUUCCAAAGGCCUGUGUCAGAUGAGGACAGUUACGACAGUGGGGAAUCGUCCGAUGAAGAUCGUGCGUACCCGUACCACAACGGCCCCGCCCCUCCCCAACCGUACCCCUACGGUUACUACCAGCCGCCCAUGGUGUACCCCGCCAUGCCGGCCUUCUACCCCCAACCCCAACCUCACCACCAGAGAACCAAGAGACGGGACAGAGGGAAAACCAAGGCAAAGGCGAGACACCGUCCACAGGAAAAAGGCGAGACAAGAGUCAAGCACCUCGGCAGUCGGCGAGCGGCGGAGACACACAGAAGUCACCGCGACGCCGCCACGCAUACCGUCGAGGAGCGGGGGAUCCAGGCAGACGAGUCCGAUACCGUCCAGGACGCGAGAGCACUGUCCAAAUUCAAGGCGAAGGAAUCGUUGAACUACACCCCCGUCCCGAACAAUUUUACAGAUAAAAGGACAAACUAUCCACAGGUAGGGGGUGGGAGGAUGGAUCCGUUGGAAGUAGGUUACCUCCGACCGAAGCAAGCGCUGUACGAUACUGCAGACCUGUACACACAUCGGAAACCGUCCCCUCAACAGGGUACCUCGCUGUACCCGUACGAUACAGCAUUGGACACUUAUAAGUACAUCCAUCCAGACCAGCACAAACCGUCCUACAGCCCUGUUGUGAGGCGCCCCCUGGCAGAUCCUGGUCAAGCUGCAACCGCCAUCCAGAAGACAUUCAGGGGAUACAGCACCAGGAAGGGACCUUCUGUUGACCACACAAGACAUGACCUUGUAACUGACCUUGACAAACAACCCAGCAAAAACAAGACAGUCAAGUUUCGCAAACAAACCAUGAAGCUUGAACCGUUGACCCGACAGAACACCUCUCACACACAAACCACGUCCUCACGAGAAAUAAGCGACUCUGGGCCCUCCCAACCUGAGACAUCUGCCCUGGAUGAACUGUUUGCAUAUGACAUGGCAGAGGGCUACAUUGAUGGAUACCUGUCUGAAAGUCUUAUACCUAAGGCACUCACAGAUGUACUGGCCCCUGAGACAACUGCGAGACUUCACAAUGACCGCGUACUCAGGAAUUUUGUGGUCAGUUUCGUCAACACCUUCUUGGACGACGAGGCCAUUCCGGACGUCCUGAUCAGCGUCCUAAAAACUGACCCGUCCAAAGCGGGCAUGUCAGCAGCCUUUCACUUCCACUCAGACCGCAGGUUUGCGGAGAACUACGUGGAUUCUCUGGUACAGGAGAUGAUGGAGGAGGAGUUGGUGCCGGACAUUCUCAUCGAGGUGUUGUCUGAACACGGCAACGAACCCGCACAGGCACCUGUGGUCUACUCUCCACGAUUAUCUCAUGGCCUGACGGCAGCACAUGAAGACCUGGCCGCCGGGGUUACAGAAGACUUCCUCAACUCACAACUCAAACCACAACUCAGGGAUGUUGUACUGGAAUCCAACAGGGAACUGGUUGACAGGUACUUUGCUGAAAAAGCCUUUGAUCCACGACUAAUCCGUGAUGUCUCAGAAGACCUCAUGGAAGAAGUGGUACAGGAGGGGACAGAGGAGGCUAUACGAGGUGCCAUAUCAGACAUGGUGGGAGACACCAUAUACCGCGGCGCCGCGUACGACUGGAUGAUGGACCUGGCCACGGACGUGAUCGGAGAAUUCAUGCCUGACAUAGUGAGAGAAGCUGUGUUUGACGUGAUUCUGGAGCAGAUGAUUGAUACGGAGAUCGUGUCGGAGGUUGUGGAGGAGGAGGCGAGAAGCACGUCUGCGCAGGUUCUGGAAAAGUACGACAAUGCCGUGCAGAGGAGGGAGCUUCGCGAGGUGGCCUCCCGUGCCAACAAGAGACUGCUAGACGGGGUGUUCCUCCACCAUUUGCUGAACCUGUUUGCCAGGGACGGCCAAGUCAUGAGCAGAGAGGACCUGGCACUCAAGUCUCUGGACGGCAUCAUUCUGGACAACUUACUGAAACAGUACUUCAUGGUCAGAAACAGUCGACAGUUCACGCUGGAUAACUGGCCUACAAAACGACUUCACGAGAAAGUCGUGACUGACACGGCAGUAGAUGUGGUACUGACUGAGUUAGGCCAGCAGUUGGAUGAAGACAUGGAGGACCUACAUGAGUAUGAGUGGCAGCUAGAAGAUCCAGACAGUUUCCGUGCUGGGGGUAUGGAUCUCAAGGAGUGGCUCGGCAAGCUCAACGUCUCUCCAAGAUGAUACGAGAAACAACACCCCAGGAUCGACUGUAAGAACUCCAGCUACAAUUUAAUACAAACACUUGUCUCCUUGCAUACCUGUGUGCUAUCUAGGUACAAUAGUGAUGAGGAUCAAGGUAUAGUCUUUGCCAUGAUGGCACCAGUGUCUUUGUUGACUACAAAAUGUCUAUCCCAAGACUAGUGUGCUUUGUGAAGUGCAAAUUUCCAGUAACUAAACACUCAAUAAAACACUGGUUUACCAAGCUGCUAUGCAUCAUAAGCUCUACUGUAACAGUAAAUGAGACCAUUACGUUAGAGCUAGAUGUAUUUAUAUUCUUGUACAAAGAAUUCUUUUACGUAUAAUUGAAUGUUGUAUAGUGUAUGUUGUGUGCAAAUUUAAGUGCUUGCCAAUGUGUUAAUUCAAUCAAAGGUUUUUGUAGAAUGCAUACUAUAGAAAGAGAUUUAUUACUGUCAUCUUGGUCAAAACUUUUAUGUGAUACAUUGUUGUUCUUUGUAAAUGUAAGUCACUCUGUAUGUCAAAUGUAAAUGAUGGAUUUUGUAGAAAGCUAUAUUCUGUCCUUUUAAUGAUACCCAAAUCAGGGGUAUGCAUAUAAUGCAUCAAAAUAGGUCCAUGUGUAGAGAAAGAAAUCUCUAUUUUCUUGUUGUCUGUACAUCAUUUUAAUGUACCAUGUUAUCUUUAAAAUUGCAAUCUUUUACUGAGAAAAAUGACCACUAAUUAUAACUGCAAACUAUUUGUGGUAGACUUGCUGCAAGCAUAUCAAAGAAUAUUAGUGACUAUUUUUCUACAUUCCAUUUAUUACAAAGUCUUCUGUCUUACCUGUGAUUCUUAAGUUAAUGUGUGAUUCAUGUUGUGAUUGAGAGAUGAAUAAAGAAAUAAUUGCUUACAAAGUC